UUUCUCUCCGUGGUGUUGAUGGUCGAAAAUAUUCAGAACAUGUGGAUAUUUUGGUCAUAUUUACUGCGUAUUCUAUCGUAAUAACGUUUCUAUUUAGUUGUUAACUCUUCGUUUUACGGAAAAACAUGGUUCGUCACAAUAAUCAAUUGCCGGACAAUCUUCCGCAACUGCAGAACUUGAUAAAACGGGAUGCGGAAUCAUAUAAGGAUGAAUUCCUGCAACAAUAUCAGCAUUUCCUCAGCGUGUUGGAAAUCUUUCGUCUGGAGCCGGACAAGGAAAACAAAAGCCUCUGUGAAUCUAUCAUGUUUCUGGCUCAGGUGGCUCAAUGUUAUAUAGAGGAGUUGAAAACUUUUCCCCAAACGAUUGUUGACCUUCUUAAAACGCACUCCACAACUCUCGAUCCGGAAAUGAGGAACACGUUUUGCAGAGCUUUGAUUCUACUGAGAAACAAAAAUUUGAUUUCGCCCUUGGAUUUGCUCGAAUUAUUCUUUCAACUUCUUCGAUGUCCGGACAAGGCACUGCGAACAUUUUUAGAGAACCACAUAAUAACGGACAUAAAAAAUAUGAACGCCAAGCACAAGGAUAUGAAACUCAACUCCACCUUACAGAACUUUAUGUACACCAUGCUCAAGGACGCCAAUCCCAAGGCAGCCAAAAUGUCCAUUGAUAUAAUGAUCGAGCUCUAUAAGAAACGGAUCUGGAACGAUGCCAAAACUGUUAAUGUCAUCGGUUCCGUUGGAUGUUUUUCAAAGAUUACCAAAGUUAUGGUAGCGUCUUUGAAGUUCUUUCUGGGAACUGACGACCAGGAAGAAAAAGAUUCUGAUGAAGACAGCGAUAAAGAGGUUGACCUGAAGGGUAUCAUGAUGGCAAACAAGGUUAACAAAAAGACCAAAAAACGCAAGAAACAGUUGGAAGCUGCUAAGAAGUUGUACAAUCAGGCCCAAAAAAAGAAAACCAAAGCGGUUGCCUUCAACUUUUCGGCCGUUCACCUUAUUCACAAUCCCCAAGGAAUGGCAGAAACCCUAUUCAAACAAUUGCAGAACGGAAACGAACGAUUCGAGGUCAAGUUAAUGCAUUUGGAUGUUAUUUCUCGGCUAAUAGGAAUUCACGAACUUUUCCUGUUCAGCUUUUAUCCGUAUAUAACAAGAUUCAUUCAACCACAUCAGCGACAGGUUACGAGAAUUCUUCAGUUUGCUGCCCAGGCCUCACACGAACUGGUGCCACCGGAGCUCAUAGAACCGGUCAUCAAAGCUCUGGUUAACAAUUUCGUCACCGAACGGAACUCCAGCGACGUAAUGGCCAUUGGACUGAAUGCUGUUCGUGAAAUUUGCGUACGCUGUCCGUUGGCCAUGAACGAAGACCUGUUGCGAGAUUUGACGAUGUACAAAAAUUAUAAGGAACGCUCGGUGAUGAUGGCAGCCAAAUCAUUGAUUUUACUGUAUCGUGAACAAAUUCCGACGCUUCUUGCUAAGAAGGAUCGUGGCCGCCCGACGGAGGCGAGCGUCGAAAUCAAGCCGAAAAAGUACGGCGAAGUGCAAGCUUUAGACCACGUGCCUGGUACAGAAGCGUUGUUAAAUGCUGCUCCCGAUUUGAAUGUUGACGAAGGUGAUUCGGAUGGUGGUGAUUCCGAUUCAGAUGGUAGCUGGGUCGAUAUUGAUAGUGAUGAAGAAAAUCUGGCGGAGCCCAAGAACAAGAAAAUCACUAUGGUCAAUACUAAGCAACAGGAUGGUUCUGCCGAAGAAGAAGUGGAGGAAGGCGAUGAAGAGGAACAAGAAGACGAAGAGGACGAUGGAGAAUGGGAAACAGAUUCGGAAGCUGACAGUGAAGAAAUAAGUGAUGAUGAAGAAGAAGAAAAAUCCAAGGAAGAAAUUGAAAAAGUCCGUUCUAAAAAAGGUAAAAAACCUAAAAAAUCAAUCCCCUUGAAGCAAGAUACUAAAGAAGAGCAAACUGAUCGCAAUUUGACCACUCUAACGUCCAAGGAAGCAGUUCAAGAUCUUGCAUUGAAUAAAAUUUUCACCGACGAAGAUUUUGCACGCAUUGAGCAGGAACAGAUAAGGAAAAAAAUGACUCACAAUAAUCGAAAACGUCAGCUGGAAAAGGAAAAGAGCGAAUUUGUUAAAUUGGAUGAUAUCGAAAUGAUUUACAAGAAAAGAAAGACGGACAAGGCAUCCCGUAUCGAGAGUAUGCAAAAAGGUCGGGAGGGAAGAGAAAAAUUCGGCUAUAAAGAUAACAGACAUGAUCCGUUCUGUUCGAAAACGAAUCGCGAAAAGAACAAAAAUAAAAACUUUAACAUGGUCCGGCACAAGGCUCGCGGUAAGGUCAAGAAGUCGUUCCGCGAAAAGCAACUUGCCUUAAGAAAACAUCUGUUGAAUCAGAAAAAAAUGAAAUAAGUUUUUUGUAUAGAAAAUAUACAGUUUUAUUACAAUCGAAA